ACCGAGGUGCAAGACGCGGUGCUGCCCCACAUCAUGGCCGGCAAGGACGUCCUCGCGCGCGCCAAGACCGGGUCGGGGAAGACGAUCGCGUUUCUCCUCCCCGUGCUGGAGAAACUGAAGCGAACUCCUCCCGAGCGCAGGGGCGGCAUCUCCGCGCUGGUGCUCUCCCCGACGCGUGAGCUCGCGACGCAGAUUCAGGAGGAGUGUAAGCAGCUGCUCACGUUCAGGAGGGACAUCAACGCGCAGGUUGUGUUCGGAGGUACCAACAUCCGCACCGACGUCUCCCGUCUCAAAUCCGAGCGAUGCGACAUCCUGGUCGCCACGCCCGGUCGGCUCAUCGACCACCUCGAGAACGGGGACGUGAGCGCGCGCCUCAAAUCGUGCGAUACCCUCGUGUUCGACGAGGCGGAUAGAUUGCUGGACAUGGGGUUCAAGCCCGCCAUCGAGAAGAUCCUGCGGCACGUCCCCGCGGGCCGACAGACUCUGCUCUUCUCCGCCACGGUUUCACCGGAGAUUCAGCAGGUGGCCAAGAAGUCGCUUCGCUCAGGUCACGUCUUCGUGGACUGCGUGGGCGAGGAGGAGUCCGCGACGAACCUGCAGGUGAAACAGUCGCUCGUCGUCGCCGCUCAGGUGGACCAGUUCGCCGUGCUCAAGUCCAUCCUCGACGAGCACUGCGCUAAAACGCCCAACCACAAGGUGAUGUGCUUCUUCACCACGGCGCGAGCCACGCAGCUCGCCGCCGAGCUCUUCCAACAGAUACUUCCAACAGACGUCAUCGAGAUCCACAGCAAGCUCUCGCAGUCGCGUCGAACGAAAGCCACGGACGCGUUCAGGGACGCGUCACGGGCGGUGAUGAUGACCUCGGACGUCACCGCUCGCGGCAUCGACUUCCCGGACGUCUCACUCGUCGUCCAAAUUGGCGCCCCGUCCGACCGGGCGCAGUACAUCCACCGCCUGGGACGAACCGCGCGGGCGGGUAAAAGCGGCGAGGGCGUCCUCGUGCUCGCGCCCGAGGAGGAAUACUUCGCGAAGGACGACGUGAGGGACCUGCCGUUGGCGAAGGUGACGCCCAACCACGGCGAGGACGACGCCGCCGCCGUCGCCGCCGCCAUGCGAAGAGUCGACGACCGGACAAAGGCGCAACACUACGCCGCGGAGCUGGGAUAUCGUAAGGGAUUGUUGCGCAAGAUGGGGUGGAACGCCGAGCGCUUGGUGCGCGAGGCGAACGCGUACGCGGUGGACUUCAUGGGAUGCCGCGAACCCCCGCCCAUGCUCAAGAGCACGGUGGGCAAGAUGGGACUCAAGGGCGUGCCGGGUCUGAACGUCGUGUCGCAGCUGCCGGGGUCAGACGCCGGGGCACAAAAGCCGGGCGGUCCCGGGGGCGGGGGCGGGAGGGGGCAGCGAGGAAGUUUCGAACGCGGUGGACCUCCGCCGAGGGGAAGCGGCGGUGGCCGAGGGGGGGGAAGUGGCAGGGGCGGCCGCGGCGGCAGGGGCGGG